AUGCAAGCAACAAGUGACCAAGUAUAUAAAAAAAAAAUUUACUCAUAGCCGCCUUUCGUGUCCUUAGAAAACUAUGACAAUAUAGAUUCAAUCAGAAGCAAGUUCCCUCCCUUAGCAAAUAUCAAUAUUGAUCACAAUUUUAAUAAUUUAAAGGACUGCAGAUUCUUUAUUAUAAGAACCCAAGGAGAAGAUAAUGUUCAUCGAGCCAUGAAAUACGGUAUUUGGACAAGGUAAAGCAUAUAUUUACGAAAGCUCUUCUCGCAAAAACGAAAGAUUAGACGAGGCAUUCAAGAAUAAAAAGGAAGAUGUUUAUUUAUUCUUUACAGAAAUAAACAGUAUGUGUUUUAGUGGGAUGGCUAAAUUAACAUCUGAAUUUAAUGCAAAAACCCAUUUUAAAUAUUGGUUAAUUGAGAAUAAAUGGUUUGGGACAUUUCAGAUUCAAUGGGUAUUAGUUAUUGUUAUUUGUCUCAGCUUUAUGUCAAAGAUUUGCCAUUUAAACUAUUUGAUGAAAUUAAAUAAAUCUAAAAAUUAGAAGGCAGUGAAGAAACUUUAAAAUCUGUCUAUGAUCUUAUAGAUUGCACUGAACUGACAGUAGAUAAUGGCAUUAAAAUGGCAAAAAUCUUCCAAGCAGAAAAAACUAAUAAAAGUUUAUUCGAAGAAUUUCCUCAAUUGGAUAAAUUGGAAGUAUUUGCAAUUUAAUAAUUUAAGUUUGAAAGUAGAUAGGAAAGAACAAAUAAUAUAAGAUUUGAGAAAAAGUUUUAGGAAUUGUCAUAAGUCUUUGAAACUAUUCCAUUCUCUUUUUCUGUUGCCUCAUAUGAAAGGAAGAAAACAAACAGAAAAGCUUAAGGCCCGUUUUACUAGUCUCAAUAUGGCCAACAAUAUUAUUAUCAAUAACCUUAUCAAUAAUAUUAUUAGCAGCCAUUUGUUGGUAAUAAAUAUUCUCUACACAUUAGGGUAUUAAUUCUAAUAAACUCCUUAAUAUUGGUAAUUUAAUAAUGGAUUUUAUUAAAAUCAAUAUUAAUAGAACCAAUACACCAAUAAUAAUAGUAACAAAUAAGGUUUCACAAAACCCUAAUAAUCAUAUGAAAAAUAUCAACAUUAAUAAAAUAAUUAUUCUAACUAAUAAUAGCAAUCAACUACUAUCUCCCAAUAAACUCAACAAAACACAAAGUAAGAAGGCAAUUAGGAUGUUUAGAGUGUUCCUUUAGAAUCAAGAUUUUAAAUAAAUAGUUAAUAAUUGCAAAAAAGAGGAAAAUUUGAUAAAAUCAGAAACAAGAACAAUAAAGACAAUGUGUAAUAUGUAGAAAAAAAUUCAACAGAAGCUCAUGUAUAAAAAUAUUGA